UUCAAAUUCAUUUUCCUUCAUUUUCCUUUAGUGUCAAGCAGUAAGAAUGUCGACUAGAUUUCAAGUAUCUAACAAGAAAGCUGAUCUCCAUGUGCCGACAUUGGAAGAAGCUGCAAAAGUUUUAGAAAAAGGUUUAAAAAAUAAUUUUGAGAAUGUUUCUGUAUCAGUUGUUGAUUGUCCAGAUUUAACACAGAAACCAUUUAAUCUCUCAUCACCAGGAAUAUGUGGAAACGAAAGAUUAGCUGAUGUUGGUGGACCACCAUAUUUAGUUCCUCAAUACAACAAAGAUAAGAUAUAUGAUGUUGGGAAAGUGUCAGAAGAAGUUGGAUUACCAGGAGCAUUUGUUAUUGGUGCUGGGGCUGGUCCCUGGCCACUUGUAGGAGUUAAUUCUGAGAUGAUAUGUAAUGUUAAACUUGGUAAGAAUGGUCAGCCUACAGUUAAUAAUACCUAUAUAGCUAAAGUUGGGGAAAAGGAUGGAAAAUGUCAACAAAUGCAGAUCAAAGAUUCUACUGAGUUUUGUUUAAUGGCAAAUCUAUUAUGUAGUGAGGGUAAGCAAGGCAAGGUUUUACAAGUGAAAGCUAGUAAAAGAACAGGACCAGAAAAUUUCAUGUCGUCAUUACGUAAAACAUUAGACUCUCACUACGAGAAUAAAUCAGUUGCUUUGGGUGGAGUGUUUUUGGUGGAGACUGGAAAAGCCACUUUACAUAUUAUGCCUGAUUUCUCCAAGGUACCAUUAAAAUCAGAUGGUGAAGUAGAUGAAUGGUUACAAUAUUUUGAAAUGGAUGCACCAUUAGUAUGUUUAGGUGAACUGGUAUCAAGAGAUGUGAACCUUGACCUGAGAACAGAACAUUUUCAUUGUUUUAGUGACCAUGGACAAGGUGGUCAUUAUCAUUAUGAUACUACACCAGAUACUGUAUCUUACAGAGGAUAUUUUACUAUACCACAUUCAGUAUACAGAUUAGAUCAACCUAAAUCCAAUAUCUCCAUGUGAUAAAUACAGCUCAAUUUCCUCUAUCUGUAACUUUUCGGGAGUAAAUUUAACUUAUGGUUCUCCUACAAUUUAAUAAAACAUUAUUGUGGAAGCCGAGACUGUAUUCACUUUCAGGCCAAUAAUAACUUUCUCACAGACAUUUUAUGCGAAUGUUGUUUACAGGCUGUAAAUUACAGCUUGGACAUGACGAAAGUCUUAAGUGCCUCUGUAAAUUUUUAUUGUUUUCUUUUUACAUAAUUUUUAUGAGUAUAAAAUUUGGUGUCUUUUUUUUCUUUUUUUGUGAAUAAUUGUCAGUGAUGGAAAUGAAAAUUGUUAUAUAUAUAGAUGAUUAUGAUUGUUAAAGAUAUUUUGUUGGUAUAUUUCCUUAUCCAUAUAAAAAUAUAGAGAAUUUUAAUUUUUUACAAAAAGUUAUAAAUGUAACCUCUUAGCAAUAAAUUAUGUCUUAUGUUAUCUUUUU